AUGGACGAUGAGGGCCAACAUGAUAUGGCUGAGCGUCUACGCGCUGGAACCUUUCCAGGGGACGAGGAAUUUGCCUUCUACACACGGGCCCUGGGCGGCGCCGUCCUCGUAACGCCGCUUGAAGAACCGCACACAGUUCCGUGCAUCUACGGCGAGGGGCCUGUUCGCUGUGAGAUGGGCUUCGUUUACAGUGUGGACGGCGCUGGAAACUCUGCCGGCCACUAUGUCCUCUUGCAGAGCUGGGCACCACAGACAGAGCCCUGCGAAGAUCCUGACGGCGCCGAUACCCCCGCUGGGCGGCCGGCGGCCAAACCAGCCUACGCUACUUCCCUUGAUGGCUCUGAUCUGGACGAGGAAAAGACAGCCGCCAGCCUUGAGAAUAGGCGAGGGGCAGCUGAGGAUACGCCCUGCGAAGCUUUACCCGGUUCUGGGAACCCCACUACGCUGCUCCAAAACGCGGGCAAUGCCGGCAGCAAGCCCUGCGAGAACGCACAGCCACCGGCACCUCGACAGCGAGGAAACAAGCGCGCGCGGGAAGAGGACGAGAAGCAAUGGGCAUGCGCAGCAACUGCGUUCGGAGAAACAGCUCGCAUCCUCAAGAUCCGACCUGAGUGGUUGGCCCGUAUUUUAUCUGGAGAGAAGAAAAUAGAAAUCCGCGGCGAGGAAUGCCCGCACGUCGGCUGGGUCACUCUGGCGUUGGAACCAAAAGAAUACUUGCGAGG